UUUUUCUUCAAUCACAAUAUUUUAUAAGUAAGUAGUUUGUUAAAUAUUUAAUUUAAGAAAAUUAUUAAGUAUGUGAUUUAUUGGCAGACUGGUGCAAACGCAAAUGACGAUCUACCACUUUCUUAAAAAAAAAAACCGUGGACCCCUUAAACGAAAAAGUGAAUCAGAUGGAUGCAAAAAUUGGAGCUGUUUUGGAGCGGUUAUUUUCAGAGGUGAUUGCUUUAAGGAAAGAAAAUGGUACCCUUCGAAACAAUAAGAGACCAACCAUUGCAGAGGGCGUCCUGCCAAGAAGCCCAUUUAAGGAAAAGCAUGCAUUUAUGGAAUUUGAAAAAGACCUUGGGAGUUCAAGUGAAAAACAACAAUUAUUGGUUUCUGAACUCGAAGCUAUAAAUAUUUUAAAUGUAGAUAAAUGUUUAAGAACGUACUGGCGGAAAAUUAUUACAGAUGGCACAGAGAAUUUUUCGCCAUGAAUGCAAAGUUU